AUGGGCCUGUGCAAUGCCCACGUGGUGUCGACUCUUACUGUGGCCGGUACCGUGGGCCGCUGCUCUGGCCGCUGCGCUCUCAUCUUCCUCUGUACUUUCCAGCUGGUUACUGCCCUGGAGCUGCAGGUGUUCGACUUCCUGGGCUACCAGUGGGCACCUAUCUUGGCCACCUUCGCCCACAUCAUCGUGGUUAUCCUGGGGCUCUUCGGCACCAUCCAGUGCUGGCCUUGCUACAUUGUGGUGUAGGCAGUGUGGGCAGCCACCUGGAUGGCCUGGAAUAUUUUGAUUAUCUGCAUCUACUUGGACGUGGGGCCCUCUCAAAGCGGUCCUGGUGGUGUGAGCAUGGCCUGGCCUACAGCCAUCCUGGAGCAUGGCCACACAGAGGCCCUGCACAGCGCCCUGCAGACCCUGCUGACACCUGUGGGCUUCAUCUGUGCCUGCCACAUGGUCAGUGUGAUCACCAAGAAGGAGGACAGCUGCAAGUGUGUGACCACCAGCCUCCUGCAGAAUCCUGUUACCAACCUGCUGGCCCCACCAGGGGGAGGAGAAGAGAAGCUGCAGGCUGGCCACAGAAGGCCUGAGAGCUGGCCUCUUAAAUGGGUCCCCAAGUCCUGGUUGGCUUAG